ACCAGAUGGUUUUCAGGAAGUUGGUGUCCUUCAUCUAUAAUUUUAUUGGUCCAAGAGCGCAGCUGAGAUCCAAGGAAGCUCCAUCAUCUUCUUGCCUGGUGAUCAGAUGGGAUGGAAUGCAGAAGGUCAAGGAUGGUCCAUCCAUGGCUCCACAAGGGUCCGGCUUAGGUGAGUUUCUUGAAGCUGAACUGUGCUGUGUUUGUUUGUCGAGAUUAAAGAAGAAGGGGCAGGACACACGUGUUCUUCCUUGCCUGCAUGAGUUUCACAGGGUGUGCGUCGAUAGGUGGUUCAAUGCGUGCCGGAAAACCUGUCCGGUAUGCCGGUUUUCCAUGGGAGGAGAGGACAAUUGUCGUAAACAGGAAGUGCUCACCGAUGAGAUGGUGAUAUGGUUUUCUUCCUUCCAUGUAGCUGGUUUCUAACCUGUAAAAUCUAAUCAAUCUUGCACGUGAUAAAUAAAUCAACAAAUACUUCAA